AUGGACGUCAGCACUAUCGAGGAUGCCCUCUCGCGCCUUGUUAAGAGGCACGGCGCCGUACGCGCUAAAGAGCCCGCGCUGCUCGACAAGGUGCAGCAGGCGCUUGAGCAGACGCAGGCGGCGCUUCAGGCGGAGCUACAAGCGGAAGCGGCGGAACGCGCGGGGGGAUUGGCGGAGUGCAGGGAAAUGGGGGAAAUUGUGAGUGAUGCGGGUGCUGACGUGGCAGCGGACGUCUCCAAGCCUAGCCUCCCCAGUGCAACUCUCGACAGCAACCCUGGCUGCCGAGCCGCUGUUUCGAGCCUUCUGUCCAGGCUCGGCAGCCUAGGUCCGGAAAAGGAGAUAGCAGCGCUGCAUAAGGAACUGCACGGGGCCGUGGCGCGGCUGAGCAAGGCGGUGGAGCGGGAGAAAGAGAAGGGCACGUUCGUUGCUGAUAUCGGAGGUGCUUAUAGAGAGGCCGUACAGUUCGACCCCGUUAUAGUGAACCGCGAGAUCGCGAAGCAUCUGUUCCGCCAAUGGCUGUUCGCCGUGGGGGACGCGCUCGUGGCGGAGGCGGGGCUGGGGGGCGCGAGGGGGGGGGGCGGAAGGGGAGGGGGGGGAGGAAGCGGAGGAAGGGGAGGUGCAGGACGGGGAGGAGGAUGGGGAGGAGGGGGAGGCGAUGGAGGAAAAGGGGAAGGGGGACGAGCAGAUGGAGGUCCAGCGCUGGCUUGGGCGGCGCAGCAUCGGGAGGAGCUACAGCGGGAAGUUGCCGGGGGGUUUCCAGACGUGAAGGUGGGAGGGGGGGAAGGGGGAGGGAAGGCGGUGGUUGGAGGGCUGAAGACAAGCUCCCUGGAGUUUGAAAUUCAUCGACUGCAGUUUUUGAAUCUUCUACAAGAGCAGCAGAAACAGCUUAUAUGGAAGCAACAGCAGCAGCAGAAGGCAAGCUCGUUUUCUAUGUCUGAUCCUGCCAGUGAUGACAACAGCAGCCAAUCACGACCUGCCAGCUCGCCAGCCCUCCUGUACGCGCGUCAGCAUUUCCCGCCCUUCGCCGCCACCCAUCUCCCCGAUAUCCAACGCCUCAUCCCAUUGGCUGUCGUGGUGGCUGCGGGUGGCGAGGCCCUCCCAAUGCUGACAAAGCUCGCCGCCCUGCUGAACCACAGCAGCGGCAUUGGCAGCGGGGGAGGGAGCAGCCGGGCAGGCGGAAGCUCCACCACUGCUGCCACCACGCCUGUGGCUGCUGCCAGCAAUAUCACUGCGCAUGGCACUACUGCAGCUGCUGGUGCUGGUAGUACAGGCGGCAGCAGUAGGAGGGCACGGGACUGGCAGGGCAUGGAGCAGCUGCUUGUGGAGAUCGAGCUGCCCCGCGCCUUCCACUUCCACUCCAUCUUCGCCUGCCCCGUCUCCCGUGAGCCUGCCUCCUACCCCGACAACCCGCCCGUGCUACUGCCCUGUAGCCACGUCGUGUGCCGUGCAUCCGUGCUGAAGCUCGCCAAGGGCGCCACUCGUCCCUUCAAGUGCCCCUACUGCCCUCUUGAGACCACGCCGCUUGACUGCCGCCCCAUUCAGUUCUAG